GACCCAACAAGACACACUCCUGAGUCCUGACACCAUCCCUUCCAUUUGAUAAGGACACAGAGAGAGAGAGCGAGAGAGAGAGUUUGAAGAGUUCUGGGGAUGCUCGAUUUUCUCGAGUAUCAUUAAAUCCUUAAUUAAAUGGAUCGUAUGAUGUCUCUGUCUCCGUGUCUUGUUGUGCUAAAAAGCUCGAGUUUUUAAGCUGGGAUUUUUCAAAAUUUGAUCUGCUUCUCUCUCUCUCUCUCUCUCUACAGUUUCAUCUCUGCUUCUAGCUGAGCAUUAUAAUACCAGUUUUGACUUGUUCUCUCUGAGGCUGUCUGUUGUUUGCUUCCUUCCUCAUAAGGAAAAAAAUAAGUUCCGUCUGUCUGUGUCCAGAGAAAGAGAGGGAGGGGGAGAGGAAGAGGUUUGAAGAUGAAGCUGCAGAGGCGGUUGCUUUCCUGAGAGAAGGGGACAAAUUUGUGGCGUCUGAGUCGUAAAGAUGUCCAUUUGAGAAGUUGGGAAAAGUCAAAGCAACUCGAGGAAUCUUGUUGAGCUUGCUUCUUCUUCCGCCGGUGGUUAGAUCGAGCUCGGUCAACUCCAACAGCUCUGCUGGGAAGCUAUGGUGGGAUUGGAAGGAGGGGGUAGUGAAGUCUGGGAUGAUCCCGAUUUAGUGGAAGAUUGGCUCUCUCGAACGCAAGAACUUGUUCCUGUGGCACUGGAGAAAGCUAAAGAGGUUAAGGGAUUUCCGGGGAGAUGGAAGAUGAUAAUUUCGAAAUUGGAGCAGAUCCCAUCCCGGUUAUCGGACCUUUCUAGCCAUCCUUGCUUCUCGAAGAAUGCCCUUUGCAAGGAACAGCUGCAGGCGGUUUAUGGUACUUUGAAGGAAGCAAUCGGAUUAGCAGACUUGUGCUUGACGGAGAAGUACGAAGGGAAGCUUAGGAUGCAGAGCGAUCUCGACUCCUUGUCGGGGAAACUUGAUCUGAAUUUACGUGAUUGCGGCCUCUUGGUCAAGACCGGAGUUCUUGGGGAGGCCACCUUGUCCGAACCGGAGGCUGCUGGGACCCAGAGCAAUAUUAAGGAACUGCUAGCCAGGCUUCAGAUCGGGCACUUGGGAGCAAAACACAGAGCUCUCGACAGUAUAGUCGAGGCUAUGAAGGAAGAUGAGAAGAACGUUUUGGCUUCUCUGGGUCGGAGCAAUAUCUCUGCUCUCGUCCAAUUACUAACCGCCACAUCACCUACAAUACGAGAAAAGACCAUCACGGUUAUCUGCUCACUUGCUGAAUCAGGUUGUUGUGAAAACUUUCUUGUUUCCGAAGGUGCUUUACCCCCUCUUAUAAGGCUUCUAGAGUCGGGAAGUGCCGUGGCCAAAGAGAAGGCGGCAAUCUCACUUCAAAGUCUGUCCAUGUCAACAGAGAGUGCUCGGGCAAUCGUGGGCCACGGUGGGGUUCGGCUGCUGAUUGAGAUUUGCAGGACAGGCGAUUCGAUUUCUCAGUCUGCAGCAGCUGGUACUUUGAAGAACUUAUCAGCUGUUCCCGACGUAAGGCAAAAUCUGGCUGAGGAAGGGAUCGUGAGGGCCAUGAUCAGCCUUCUCGACUGUGGGCUUCUGUUAGGCUCAAAGGAAUAUGCAGCUGAGUGCUUGCAGAACCUCACAAUAAGCAAUGAGAACCUACGGAGAAGCGUAAUCUCUGAAGGUGGAAUCAGGAGCCUGUUGGCUUACCUUGAUGGCCCGCUCCCUCAGGAAUCUGCGGUCGGGGCAUUGAGGAAUUUGGUGGGCCCAGGAUCAAUGGAGACCCUAGUCUCUCUAGGGCUUCUUCCUCGCUUGGCUCAUGUGCUUAAGUCAGGCUCGUCAGAGGCCCAGCAGGCCGCUGCUGCCGCAAUCUGUGGUGCCUGCAGCUCGAAAGAGAUGAAGAAAUCAAUAGGAGAAUCGGGUUGCAUUCCUCUGCUUAUCAAGCUGCUUGAGGCAAAAUCUAGCGGUGCGAGGGAGGUAGCCUCUCAGGCACUAUCGAUCCUCAUGACAGUUUCUCAAAAUUGCAGAGAAGUAAAGAAGGACGAUGAGAGCGUGCCAAACUUGGUCCAACUCCUCGACCCAGGCCCACAGAACACUGCAAAAAAGUAUGCAGUCUUGUGCUUGUUAUGUCUCUCAAACAGCAAGAAGUGCAAGAAGGCGAUGAUCUCUUACGGCGCAAUCGGUUACCUGAAGAAGCUGACUGAGAUGGACGUGCCCGGAGCGAAGAAACUGCUCGAAAGGCUGGAGAAAGGGAAACUACGAAGUAUGUUUGGUAGGAAAUAGCGAGAAGAGAGGUAUGGGAUGAAUUGCAUGGUCCCAUUGUAAAUGGUAGCCCAGUUUUUCUCCUGUCAUAUUUAGUACCAGGAUGUCCUUUGCCUGUAAUGUAUGAAACACAGUAAUUGAACAUCUAAAUCCAAACUAUACCACUUAUAAGCUAAUUCACUGACGUACACCGUGGGCAUUGUUACAUGCUUACCAUUAUUGAAUCGAAGUAUGUUUACUCGAUAA